AUGCUUCUUUCUGGCAAUACCACUGUCUCGCUAUGGUCAAUCGUGGACGUUCCGGAGGAUGCGUUACUUGUAAACAACGCCGCGUCAAAUGUGACGAAGAAAAACCGAAAUGUCAGGCAUGCCAGCGUCUCGGCUUACUCUGCGGGGGCUACAGAACAAAAUGGCGCGGACCAAGUAUCUGCUCCUCGUCCGCUCGCUGAGCCCGACAAUGCCGUAUCAUUUUUUCUUGGAUAUUACGCCAAUAUCGGCCGCAAUUUAGAAUCUGCACGCGGUUUCUUUGAGAUCCUAGUUCCAGUCUUUUGCUCGCAGCCGCAGAACUCGGCGCUAUCGCUCGCCGUGUCAGCCGUGGCGUCAAGGAUACUGUCCAUAUGGCGAUACGGCCCGGAUAGCAUCCAAUCGCCACGGGGGACUUAUACACAAGCCAUCACGUCUCUUCGGAGUGCAUUACAGGAUCGCAUUGAGCGGAGCAAUCCCGCAACCUUGUUAGCAGUGUUGGCGCUACACUUAUACGAGAAUAUUGCCGCCAUAUACGGCCGUAAUUCAGCCACUCGAAUACACCUUGACGGCGCAAUGUCUUUGCUGCCAUUCUCAAAUGUGCAUCAAGUGGAUGACAUGAUUGGCGCGUAUAUCCGAAGAUACAUUCUGCAUACUGAGGUUUCAUCGGCAAUGCGUCAGAAAAGGUCAUUACGGAGCAUUGCAUACACAUGGCUUGGGAGCAAAGAGCUGAUAGGUGCGCCGGUUAAUCCAAGCUCUGCACUUGAUGCUAUAGGCGCGUCUGUCGCCGAGUUGCAAGCCAAAUAUUUGCGAGCAGUAACGCAGAACGCGAUUGUUCCUUUGGCUCUGCAUAAGCUACAGGGUUGGAUAGCCGAGGCAAAGGGCAUUGAUGAACAACUUCUGGAAUGGGUGCGAAACGUGCCGGAUUAUUGGCGACCGGUGAAACUUGUAAGUGCACAAGACAUUGACCCAUCGAUUCCCACAUAUCGAUCUGUCUGUGAGGUUUACCCUACCUGCCAAAUCGCAACCAUUUGGAACUUGUGGCGCGUCCAACGCCUCUUACUGGUCAAGAUUCGCUUCAAUUCGCUUUAUACGAUCUUGUAUGGGGGAUCGUCCGGGUCUAUCAAUGAUCAAAUAUUAGCUGAAAAUGAAGACUUUGUUGAAUGCAAACAAGUUGUUCAAGAGCUUGUAGAUUCGGUGUGCUACAGCGUACCAUUUUACCUUGGCAACCGAACAAAACCGUCAAGCAUGGUCGACUUCAACGACCCAACAAUUCUCUUUCCAAGCGACCACAUCCUGUUUCCUGAGAACAAGAAUGGCUUAAAUCAAAGAAGUCAGGAUCCGAAAAUGUCGAGGGACGAGCACAGACGCCAUAUUGUCAGCCAAGGGCUAUGGAGUAUCAUGAGCCCCCUGAGUCGCCUGAUGGCAUUCUUCUUAGAAGACGACGAUAGAGCUAUGAUGGACUUUCUCAGACCUGGGCAGUACGAGUGGAUCCGCGAGCAAUCCCUGCGUGUCAGUGUGCUGCUUCGUAUCCCAACCAUAGAUUCGGACAAUAAAAACGAGGAGCGCCUUGAAUUAAACUCAUCCUCAAUACUAGUUACUACGAACAAUGAGGUUGAGCAACUUGUGAAGAUGGUCAGAAAAGGGGCCAUAUUUAUGAGUGGACCGUAA